CUGGUGUACCUGUCCGUCCCUCUUUCACUGAACAGUUGAUUCUGUCCUAGGAGGGGGGGGAACAGUUAUCCUUUCUGGUUUGGCUUCAGCUCUUCAUUAUCGUCGUCUUCAUCGUGGUUGUCUCUAAGCAGCCAUGAACAUCUCUGUGUUUGUGUUGAUGGUGUGUCUGAUCGGGGUCCACGCAGACGUACAGCCUCAGAGAGACUUCAACCUGCAGAGGUUUGCAGGCCGGUGGUACCGCGUGGGCCUGGCCUACGACUCCCCGAGCUUCCUGCCCCACAAGGAGAAGCUGCGGGUCACGGCGGGGGUGAUCGCUCCUCAGCCCAACGGCAGCGUCAACCUCACCAUGUGGGCCAUGAGGCCGUCUGGAUGCGUCAGCGCCCUCUACCAGUAUGAGAGGACCAACACCCCGGGCCACUACAACUACUUCAGCACGCGACACAACAGGACGAAGGACAUCACCGUUGUGGAGACCAACUACACCGAAUACGCGUUGGUGCUGAAGAACAAGAGGUUUGACCGAGAGUACACACAGGUUGCUCUCUAUGGUCGUACUCAGAAGCUCAGACAUGAAAUCAUCCAGAAGUUCAGGACCUUCUCCACAGCUCGAGGCUUCCCAAGAGAUUCUAUCAUCACACCCCAUGUGUCAGAGAACUGCCCCCCAUCAGCUCCGGGGAACGGACACGGACGACAGGUGACCGCACGAGGCUCCCCUGAAGACACUUUGUCGGGUCGUAAUCAGCGUCACGUCAAAACCCCACUAUAUGGGCUGCACAGGAAGGCCACCAAACACUCCUUUGUACAUUGAAUACAAUCAAUGUACAAAGGAUGUCAUCGUUUAUGUGUGAAAGAAGUGCAUUAGCAUGGAUCCCGGCCUGCCAGAACUGCUUCCAGCACUUAUUUUCCUAGAAUGAUCCACACAUAAUAUAUGAGUCUAUAUUGUUAGAGAAUUAUUGGUUAUAUCAAAGUACUGCAACUGAAGGUCAUUGAGAAUCACCUGUCUUCUGUAACAUGUGGUGUUGUUGGUCAUGUUCAGACAUUUUACAUAUAAACAUGCUAGUUUUACUUCAUUACUUAAAAAUCUUUGCUGUUGCCUAUUUUGAUACAUUGUAAUAUGUCUUCAAAUGUUUAGGUUGCUUGCAUAAUAACACAAAUAUAAAGGAUUUAUGUGCAUGAAACGGGAAUUAUUUUUUGCUUAACAAGAAAACUGUUUUUGAUUUAACAUUUCACACCACAUCAUUUAUCAUCAGGCAGCCCCCCAUAAGCUAUUCAUUAAAAAUGUGUAUUUGUUAAUAAACGUAAUCAUUGAAUUGAGGUACAACCAAGUUUUUAUACUAAAUCCCUAGUUAGUUCUACCUUAAAAUGUUUGACAACUCUCAAAUACAUUCUUGAGUUUAAGAUUGAAUGAUUUUUGAUUUUGCCUAUGAACAUUUUUUGGCAUAAGAAAGAAAAUAUUAUAUUUUUGCAUAACACAUACAUUUAGAUAUGUCAUGGUUAAAAUAUUUUAUUAUUGUCAUGUGAAUGACUUGUCUGGGGGUGCUACCGUUAUACAGUGACAUUCAGAGAACUCGAAGUAUGGAGGUAUUUUACAUUAAAAAUAAGUAUCACA